AUGCAAAGUUCAAAUCGAACCUUCGAUAGUGGGGAUCCCAAAUUACAGUGGAUUACGAGACUCGUAGAAGAGUGCUAUUUUGGAAAUGUUAAUCAUAGUACGAUAUAUGCUUCGACAUCGGAUAUUGAUCAAGAUGAGGGUUCGUGGUGUCCGGCGAUGUUCGACGGAUUUGCCUGCUGGGACCCGACACCGGCGUCGGCAAUCGCUAAACAACGCUGUCCAGAAUUUGUUAUCGGAUUCGACCCCAGACGCUACGUUUUUAAGAGAUGCACUGAGAACGGGACAUGGUACAUGCGUCCGGAAGAUAAGAAACCGUGGACGAAUUACAAUACUUGUGUCGACCUGGAAGACUUAGAUUUCCGGAGCAUCGUCAACGACGUGUACGUCGCAGGAUACUCGCUGUCCGUCGCUGCACUCAUACUCUCACUGAUGAUAUUUUUCUAUUUCCGGUCACUCCGAUGCACCAGAAUUCGAAUCCACAUGCACUUAUUCACAUCCUUCGCUCUCAACAACAUCUUGUGGAUCGUGUGGUACAAGACUGUGGUCAAUGAAGUCGACGUGGUCCGGAACAAUAAGGAAUGGUGUCAAGUACUUCACCUGGUCACAAAUUACUUUAUGGUGACGAGCUACUUAUGGAUGUUUUGUGAAGGUCUACACUUGCACAUCGCUCUAGUCGUGGUAUUCAUAAAGGACGAGGUGGCAAUGCGAGGGUUUGUGGCGCUCGGCUGGGGGCUCUCGCUGGUGAUCGUGGCGGCGUAUGCGACGGCGCGGUACCUCACACCCGGCGCUACAGAUCGGUGCUGGAUGGACCAAAGCGAUACUUUCUGGAUUAUUGUGGUUCCGGUUUUGGCGUCACUAAUAUCUUCCUUCGUAUUCCUCGUGAACGUGGUCCGAGUGCUGCUUACCAAGUUGGCCCCGACGCCCAACCAGCAAGCCCGUCUGGCUGCGAGGAAAGCGGCCAGAGCCGCUCUUAUACUCAUCCCCCUGUUCGGGUUACAUUUCGUCCUGAUCCCGCUCCACCCGCCGCCCGGCGCGCCCGGGGAGAAGGUUUAUCAGGUCUUCUCUGCGUUGCUCACUAGCCUACAGGGCCUAUGCAUCUCGUUCCUGUUCUGCUUCACGAACCACGACGUGAUGGUGGCAAUCCGCACGCACGUGUCCCGAGUCGUGCGCGCCAACGACGCCAUUGCGCUCACAGGUUUGACGGCGGGAGAAAGCUUGGCCAAUACGAGAGAAAACGUUGUGUAA